AUAAAGUCACAACCUGUGCUCCCUUUGGAUCUCAAACACCACCCCUCUCAAUCUACCUCUCUCUUAUCCAGCUUUUCGUCUUCUUUUUCGGAAACGAAUCGAAUCUCACUUCACCGGAUUCAGAGGGUGACUGAGGGCGAGCAAUGGCGAAUCGGAAUCUUGAGAAGUUGGCGUCAAUCGACGCGCAGCUUCGGCUUUUGGUUCCGGCGAAAGUGAGUGAGGAUGAUAAGCUGAUUGAGUAUGAUGCUCUGCUUUUGGAUCGGUUUCUGGAUAUUCUUCAAGAUUUACAUGGGGAGGAUCUCAAGGAAACUGUGCAAGAGUGUUAUGAGCUUUCUGCUGAGUAUGAAGGUAAGCAUGAUCCUAAGAAGCUAGAAGAGCUUGGAAAUGUGUUGACAAGCUUGGAUCCAGGGGACUCUAUUGUUAUUGCAAAGUCUUUCUCCCACAUGCUUAACUUGGCCAACUUGGCCGAGGAGGUCCAGAUUGCUUACCGCAGACGGAUCAAAUUGAAAAAGGGUGAUUUUGUGGAUGAAAACUCUGCAACAACCGAAUCGGACAUUGAAGAAACUCUCAAGAGGCUUGUGACACAACUGAACAAGUCUCCACAAGAAGUUUUUGAUGCUUUGAAGAACCAGACUGUGGAUCUGGUCUUCACUGCUCAUCCUACGCAAUCCGUUCGUAGAUCUUUGCUUCAAAAGCAUGGAAGGAUUCGGGAUUGUUUAGCCCAAUUGUAUGCCAAGGACAUUACUCCUGAUGAUAAGCAGGAGCUUGAUGAGGCACUUCAGAGGGAGAUUCAAGCCGCAUUUCGUACGGAUGAGAUUCGGAGGACCCCUCCAACUCCCCAAGAUGAGAUGAGGGCAGGAAUGAGCUACUUUCAUGAAACAAUCUGGAAGGGUGUUCCAAAGUUUCUCCGCCGUGUUGACACAGCUUUGAAGAACAUAGGGAUUAAUGAACGUGUUCCUUACAAUGCCCCACUUAUUCAAUUUUCUUCUUGGAUGGGUGGUGAUCGUGAUGGAAAUCCUAGGGUGACUCCUGAGGUCACAAGGCAUGUUUGCUUGUUGGCUAGAAUGAUGGCUGCUAACUUGUACUAUUCCCAAAUAGAGGAUCUUAUGUUUGAGUUGUCUAUGUGGCGCUGCAAUGAUGAGCUUCGUGUUCAUGCAGAUGAACUCCAUAGGUCCUCCAAGAAAGAUGCAAAACACUACAUAGAGUUUUGGAAGCAAAUUCCUCCCAAUGAGCCCUACCGUGUCAUUCUUGGUGAAGUAAGGGAUAGGCUUUAUCAGACACGUGAACGCUCUCGUCAUUUAUUGGCCCAUGGGUUCUCGGAUAUCCCCGAGGAAGCGACUUUCACCAAUGUUGAGCAGUUCUUGGAACCUCUUGAACUAUGUUACAGAUCGCUGUGCACAUGUGGUGACCGUGCAAUCGCUGAUGGAAGCCUUCUUGAUUUCUUAAGACAAGUGUCAACUUUUGGACUGUCACUUGUGAGACUUGAUAUUCGGCAAGAGUCGGACCGUCAUACUGAUGUCAUGGAUGCCAUUACCAGGCACUUGGAAAUUGGGUCCUACCGAGAGUGGUCUGAAGAACGUCGGCAGGAAUGGCUUUUAUCUGAACUCAGCGGCAAGCGCCCUCUGUUUGGACCUGAUCUUCCCAAAACUGAAGAAAUUAGUGAUGUUCUAGACACAUUUCACGUCAUAGCGGAACUUCCAUCAGACAACUUUGGAGCAUACAUCAUUUCGAUGGCAACUUCACCGUCUGACGUGCUUGCAGUUGAGCUCCUGCAACGUGAAUGCCAUGUGAAGGAACCAUUAAGAGUGGUUCCUCUGUUUGAGAAGCUUGCAGACCUGGAGGCUGCUCCUGCUGCUUUAGUGCGGCUAUUCUCAAUAGAUUGGUAUAGAGACCGAAUUAAUGGAAAGCAAGAAGUUAUGAUUGGUUAUUCAGAUUCUGGUAAAGAUGCGGGACGGUUUUCUGCAGCGUGGCAGUUAUACAAGGCUCAAGAGGAGCUUAUAAAGGUUGCUAAGCAAUAUGGUGUGAAGCUAACCAUGUUCCACGGUCGUGGUGGGACUGUUGGAAGAGGAGGUGGGCCUACCCAUCUUGCCAUAUUGUCUCAACCUCCAGAUACCAUUCAUGGAUCACUCCGUGUUACUGUUCAAGGUGAGGUCAUUGAGCAAUCAUUUGGAGAGGAGCACUUGUGUUUUAGAACACUCCAACGUUUCACGGCUGCUACUUUGGAGCACGGUAUGCACCCCCCGGUGUCUCCAAAACCGGAAUGGCGUGCAUUGAUGGAUGAGAUGGCUAUCAUUGCAACAGAAGAGUAUCGUUCCAUUGUUUUCAAAGAACCCCGAUUUGUGGAAUAUUUCCGCCUUGCUACGCCAGAGUUGGAAUACGGUCGGAUGAACAUUGGAAGUCGUCCAUCAAAGCGUAAGCCAAGUGGAGGUAUUGAAUCACUCCGUGCAAUCCCAUGGAUCUUUGCGUGGCUACAAACAAGGUUUCAUCUUCCAGUGUGGCUAGGCUUUGGAGCAGCAUUUAAACAUGUUAUUCAGAAGGACAUUAGAAAUCUCCAUAUGCUGCAGGCGAUGUACAAUGAAUGGCCAUUUUUUAGGGUCACCAUUGAUUUGGUCGAGAUGGUGUUCGCGAAGGGAGACCCAGGUAUUGCUGCUUUGUAUGACAAGCUCCUUGUUUCAGAAGAACUGUGGCAAUUUGGAGAGCGGUUGAGGGUCAAUUAUGAAGAAACAAAGGCCCUUCUCCUACAGACUGCUGGACACAAGGAUCUUCUUGAAGGGGACCCCUACUUGAAACAAAGACUCCGGCUGCGAGAUUCCUACAUUACUACCCUGAAUGUUUGCCAAGCCUACACACUGAAGAGAAUCCGGGAUCCAAACUACCUUGUGAAGGUGCGUCCACACAUCUCCAAGGAGUUUAUGGAAAUAAGCAAAGCAACUGAUGAACUUGUGAACCUGAACCCAACAAGCGAGUAUGCCCCUGGUUUGGAGGAUACCCUCAUCUUGACGAUGAAGGGUAUUGCUGCAGGCUUGCAGAACACCGGUUAGACACCUGUGAUUUCUGUGUUUUUCUUUUUGCUGUUUUUCUCUGCAGAGAAUUUGCCCCAAGAAACCAUAAAUUAUAUGCACCAGAAGUGGAUGUUCUUUUAUUAUCCGCAUCCAGGUCAUAAUUUCGGUAACCCUAUUCAGCUGUAAUGUUAUAUUCCCCCGCCGCAAGAGUUGAACUCGAUGGAACUUUGUAUUAUGCUUUGCUUCAAAAUGUUCUAUGAGCAUUAUAUUUGAAUACUUGUUUGUUUGUG